AGAAAAUGGCUGUGAGUGGAGCUGGUACUUGCAAGCUGGAGACUCUGGAGGCUGAGGUAGAGAUCAAAGCCAAAGCUGAUCAGCUGUACAAAUUCAUCAGCAACAAGCACCAUGACGUCCCCAAAGCAGCCUCUGAUAAAAUAUACGAUGUUACAGUACAUGAAGGUGACUGGGAAACUUCUGACUCUGUCAAGCUCUGGAAAUACACCGUAGAUGGAAAUGUCGAGACUUACAAGGAAAAGGUGGAAAUAGAUGAAGCAAACAAGCGGGUGAGUCUUGAAGCUUUGGAAGGAUCACAUGUGCUGGACAAUUACAAAAGCUACAAGGUCACUUACCAGGUCAUCACUCCAAAUAGUGAAGGAAGUUCUGUGAAAAUUACUUUAGAAUAUGAAAAACUCAGCGAGAACGAUCCGCCUCCACAGAAGUACCUCAGCUUUGUGGUCAAUGUCAUUAAAGAUGUAGAUGCACAUCUUCUCAAGGAAUAAGGGCCAAGCACAAGAUUUAUGCA